CGGUGUUGUGCGGAAGACCGGGCCCGUGCCCUGCAUUGCUGUCAGUUGUGACAGUUCCCAGACGGCGCUACUGUAUGUGAGAUUGAGUUUCUCAACAAAGAAAACUCCCUCUCCGUCCAAACCGUCCUCAAAACCUUCUCUAGGUGCUCCCGCGCUCUGCAUCCUGGACAGUGGUGAAGCGCGCGGAUCUGCACGACUAGCCUAUAUGAGAGGAGCUACCUCUGUGCAUGACGAAGUGGAAGCCGUUAACCGGAGAUGCGGAAACAACACGGCCCAUUGGAACGCAUUUAUCUAUCUCAUUGGAGGUCACAAGAACCACAUCUUGGUGGAAGUGUCUGGAUAACGAGGGGGGUAUCGCGCGGCGAGCUGGAUUGGGAUGAUGUCAUCCUCCACAUAUUUACACCCAGAGAGAGGCGAUACCACGGGAAUGGCUCAAUGAAGGAUCUACUGCUCGCGGUUACCUUGCUGCUUGCGCAUUUGAGCGUCAACGCGAUGCCGUCAAACCGCUUGUCGUGCUACAAGAAAGUUCUGAUUGACCGGGACUGUCACAGUGUCGCUAACGGCGUCGACCACAUUCGGCCCAUCAACUCCUUGCAAAACCAUUUCUGGCAGGGCAACAAGUGUGACAUGGUGUGCUACUGCAACUUCAGCGAAUUGCUGUGCUGCCCAAGGGACGUGUUCUUCGGACCCAAGAUCUCCUUCGUGAUCCCCUGCAGAACCUUCUGAUCUGGAGGAAGGAACAUCUUCUGACAGUAUUUAGACAUAACCUUGCCAGACUCCUACUGUGACUUAGAUAUACAGUGUCUGUGUCCCUGAUGGCUGCAGCAUAAAUACAGUUGCCGUUUACUUUAGUAUGAAUAUUUCUUAUUGUUUACAACUUGCGUUUUUCUGAGCCUUGAUACACAUGCAAAAAUUAUUUGUUUUUGUUGUGAUCAAUGAAAAAGAAGGGGAAAAACCUGAUUAAAGGAAAGACCGCUUUUCACCUAAUUCUGUAUAUGGACUGUGAUGAAGAAAGGGUCCGCAAUUGGGUGUUUCUGAGUAUGACUCCAUCCUAGAAUACAGCUCUGUCUCCAUGAAUGAAUAGAACUAUAAUAAACAAUGGUGUGACUGCAGGCAUCUCCUGCUGCAGCAUGAGCCUCACUUCCUGUUAGCAUCCUUCCUGUGAGUGAAUUCUCCUUUGUAUCUCUCCUCUACCCACCUCAAGAGGGUAAAUUGAAAGUAUGCUAAAAACACACACACAAACAGCAAUAGACCGACACUUCAAGGCUGCAGCUCCCAGGGAGACUCCCUGUGGUUGAGACAUCAACUUCUCACAAUCACUAUUCACUGUCUGCAUGGGGCCUCUGAAGUGUGAGUGUGUGGGUUUGGAUGUGUGUGCAAGGGACAUAUUGUCUCUUCACAGCUGCAGGGUGACCUACAUCAGUGUGUUGUUAAUGCUGGUAGCUUUGGAGUGGCUAACGCUGCUCCUAUGGGCCAU